AGUGGAAGGGUUGGCAGUUGCCGCUCUCAACUCCUCUGCCUUCAAAAGCGUACAUUCUCACGGCAUCUUUCAGAGACUUCGAAUCCCUCACUACCUUCACCGAUAUGCUGCUUCGAUAUCUCCUUUUGCUGCUGAUACCAUCGCCGGCGACGUCGCAGUCAUGGCAACCAAGCGAGAUUCCCAGUACUGCUACCAACACUGAAAGGCGUUGGAGCAGUGCAAAGAGGCUGGGAAACCCGCUAAUGACCGGAGAUGGGAGGCUUUUGGCUUGUUCAGGGAUGAAUCUGUUGUGCUUUGAUAAGAAUGGUACAAUUGCGUGGAUCGUCCCUUUCCAGUAUACCUGCAGAUUAGACAUAGCCCCGGUCAAUGAUGACAGAGGCAAGAUCUAUUUGGUUGCGGAAGAUCGGGUUUUGAGAAUAACACCCCCGAAUAUUGGUCGUUCUGCAUCCACAGUCGAAGUAUUCUUUGGCACGAACUCAACCUUUGGUUCAUCAGGGGAAAUAAUUGGAAUUUCGAUAAGCAUCUUGUAUGCAUCAGUAUUCGUUUCUGUAAGAAAUCGAGGACUGUUUGCUUUACUGCUGAAAGGAGAACUUCUGUGGACUGCUGGGCCUAUGCUUUAUCGGUUUGGUUACCGUCAAGGCUGUAAGAGAAACAUCACAGAUUGCUACUUCAAUUCAAUUCCUGUUGUUGAUCAGUGUGAGGGGACUCUUUAUGUUUCAAAUACUGAAGGACAGGUCUAUUCGUUGUAUAUCCGCAGUCCUCACUUCAGAUGGAUCCAAGAUUUCAGCUCAAUAGACAAGAAGAUCAAUAUCAUACCUGGAAAUAAUGGGCAUUUGUAUCUAAUCUUCCCAAGAAAGGCUGUACUCAUGUCACUUGAUGUUGCUACAGGAAACAUGUCGUGGCAAAACAAUGUCGGUCCCUUGAGUGCAGAAACCAUCUUGCCUGUUGUGGAUUCUAAUGGCUGGCUAUCGAUUGGCUCAUUGGAUGGAUAUCUGUAUUCCUUCUCCCCAGUGGGGGAUCUGAAGAAGUUCCUGCAAAAGACUGCAUCCGAUUCAGUCAUUCAAGCUACUCCAGUCCUGGACUGCUCAGGAUUUGCAGUUUAUGUGCCUCAAACAGUCAUGGAGGGGAAGUCAAGCCGUGUGAUUGGUGACUAUGCUUUCAUCUCUGCACUAAAGCCACUAAGUAUUGUGUUCACUCUACUGGCACCGGCUACAGGAACUGUUUAUUGGGCUGACAACCAUCAUGGUGAAGUGUCAUCCUUCUUGUCCAAGAGCGAUCUACGCUACUUUGAAUUGGAUGACAGGAUUCUUCUUACUGUUCUUUCUGCAGGAAGGAUAGGCAGCAGUCUUCCAUGCUAUUCUGCAGGCCAAAGAAUUGCUUGGACCUGCUCACAAUCGAAUCCCAGAUUCGUCACCACUGAUGCAGGCAAUGAAAGAGCAGUCCUGCUCUUCCUGUUCUUCCAGUUUGUGAUACUGCUCAUCUUAGGCGGAACAGUGCGAUCUUGCUGCGUCUUCUGGAGGAAGAAGAAGCUACAAGAUCAUGGUCUCGGGAGAUUCCUCGACAAGAGGAGGUCUCUUCACAGAAGGAGGAAAUCAUUCGACAGGAUGAUCUCAGAGCUAGAGGUGAAAGCAGCUGAAGACGCCACCAACGACGAAGCACUGGAGCGACUGGGAGAAGCGGUGACAGCGAAGGAAGGAGUGGUGAGAAAGCUAUCCACUUCUUACAGCCUCGGCAGGGACAGAACAGGUUCACGUCGGGGAUCCAUCUUGCCAUUGUAUGAUGACGGGAGGAAGAAGAGCCAUUCUUUCCACUGUGCAAGGAGAGAGAGCGUGACGAUCUUUAACACGUACAGCGACACGUCCUCUUCGGAUGAAAGCAGGAACAGCAGCAGCUACCACCAUGAAAGUGGCAGUGGCGGCUGCUCGGACGAAGCAGGGCCUUCGAGCAGAGUCGCUGCGGCCGAAGGAGAUGGAGAGGGUUCAUCGGACGCUGCUUCUGAAGCGAGAACGUUCGCAAAUCCGAUGUUUGUGGAAGACGAGAGUGACAGCGUUCGGCAUUCGCGAGAUGAGGAGCUCACGAGGGACCCAAUGCAGGAAGGUGUGGGUGCGAGGGGAAUGUGGUUGAAGCGGAGGAGAACACUGUCUUCAACUAAUUGAGCUGUUAAUUAAGUAAACAUUGAGAAUGUAUGUGUGUGUGUGUUUGAGGAUGAGGAAUCUAAUGGAGAUGUUGGCAAGUGUUUCUUUA